CGGGAACGAGCCAGAGGGGGGCGCCGGCCGGGCCAUGCUGAUCACGCUGUGCUACCUGUACCUCUGGGCGCGCUGGGGGGCCGGCUGGGCCGCGCUCAUCCGACGCACCGUGCGCCGCCUGCACCGCGCGCGCUGCGCCUUCGUUUUCGGGUGUUGCGGCUGCAACGGCGGCGCGGGCUGCCCCCCUCCCCAGCGGCAGCGGCGGCGCAGGCUGGGGUCGCCCGGGCGGGGCGAGGAGCCCGUCUGCCUCCGGCGGGGGGACAAGGUCUUCUUCACUGAGGAGACCCCGCAGUCCCUGGAUGACUUAAACAAAUGGACUCUACUUCUCAUAUCUCCUUCUAUUUAUUCUGAUAAAAUACUUGAUGCAGAACAUAUAGCAUUUGUGACUGAAAGUGUUUCUGCCCAGGCAGAUGAUUUACAGACUAUAUCUAGCUCCUCAAAAAAGGUUGUAAAGUGGUCAGACUAUUGUUCACCGUUGGCCUAUAAACCUGGAGACCCUUAUAAACUAAUUGCUGAAGCAAGUGUGGAUAACUUCAGUAACCUUGGAAUAGCAUUCAUGGAAGACAGACUGCAGAUGGAUAAUGGAAUGGUGCCACUGAAGAUUGUUUCUGUCCAUUUACAGGAGUCUGCUCUAAAGGAGCUAGAGCGGAUGGCUGCACCUACUGAAGAGAAGAAUAGCACUAAUAGUGCGCACAUGGAUGAAUUGACCCCUGCUCCUCCAUUUGAAGCUGCAACUAAACAAGUAUCAGUGUCAGCUGAUUCUACAGGAGGAGGUGACCAGGAGGUGAGAGAAGAGAAAUCCAGGCUGGAGAAAAGAAGUGAGCCUCAUGAUGACCCUAACAGCCUAUCUGAAAGGGAGACAAGUGCUGGUAAACAUCACCACCUGCACCUUUCCAGCUGCCACGAAUGCUUUGAACUUGAAAACAGCACCAUUGAGUCAGUCAGAUAUGCUUCAUCAGAAAACAUUCCAGAGCUUCCUGAUGAUUGCAGUGCUAGCAUGGAAGAAGUUACUGAUGGCUGUCUGGCAAGAGAACUAAGAAGGAUAAACCUCAUUGGGAAGCCUCCCAAUGUCUUAAUUUAUGUGGGCUCUGACCCUAUGAAAAUCAAAUUUGAGAAGAUAAAAUCAGUGCUCAAGGAGUGCAUUGAUACAGACAGCUACACCAUCUACCAGCUGGUUGAGGAACAAGUUCUGAAAGCUCCCUGGCUUGAUAACUCGUUGUUGUUGGUUAUCGCCACAGAGGAACCCAUUUCGAAGGACAAUCACAAACAGUUCCUGACCUACUUGUCAAAAGGUGGGAAGAUUUUAGGGCUUUCUGCCUCUUUUACAUUUGGCAGUAUACAGAUAAGGAGCAAAAGUGAACUGAAGAAGACCAUCCAAGAAUUAGUGUUCUAUAAAGCAGAUAACAGUGAAGUUAAAUUAAACCUUCUGACCAGUGGCAGUGUUUUUGCGCAAGAGGUUAAAGAAAAUCUCAGCCCAGUGAAGUCGUUGAGUCACUUAAAUAAUACAGAUAAAGAUAUGAUUAUUGUUCACCUGCCAUAUGGAGAUCAUGGAGAAGCCAUUCUGUGUCAGGUAUACUUGGAGAUGGAUAUCGCCUCUCUGACUACACAAACCCAAGAAGAGUUUAAUUUACUCAAAAUGAGCAAUGCCAAGAGAUAUGAAGUUCUUAAGGAGAUCCUGACAUUACUUGGACUGAGUUGUGAAUUAAGUGAAGUUCCUUCACUAACUCCUAUUUAUUUGCUCUCUGCUGAUGAGGAAAAUCGUAUUUCUUUUCUGAAAUGGCUUGAAAAAAAAGUAGAUGUUGAAGGAUUAAUAAAAUCCAGCAAGAUGACCCUUAAAUUUGUCUCAUCUUACAAACCAGAGAUGGAGAUAACACAAUCUCUCAUACCAGUCGUCACUGUGGGAGGCUUCUCAUCUGAACACUUCAGCCUGCAGACAUAUCAACACAAUCUGCAAACAAAGAAGCUUGGGAAGAUUGUUCUGUUUGCUGAAGUCACAUCAACAACAAUGAAUCUUCUUGAUGGGUUGAUGUUCAAUUUGCCUCAGGAAAUGGAUUUAAUAGCAAUUGCAGUUCGACAAACACAAGGGAAAGGUCGUGGUGGAAAUGUCUGGCUCAGUCCUGUGGGAUGUGCUCUAUCAACAUUACAUGUUUCCAUUCCUUUGUGUUCCCAGCUGGGACAGAGAAUUCCUUUUAUUCAGCACCUGGUGUCCCUGGCUGUGGUGGAAUCGGUGCGAUCAAUACCUGGAUAUCAGGAUAUUGACCUGCGAGUGAAGUGGCCAAAUGAUAUUUACUACAGUGACCUAAUGAAGCUUGGUGGGGUUCUGGUAAAUUCUACACUUAUGGGAGACACAUUUCACAUACUUAUUGGCUAUGGAUUUAAUGUGAAUAAUAGCAAUCCCACCAUAUGCAUCAAUGAUCUCAUCAUGGAGUACAAUAAGAAAAAUAUGACAAAACUAAGGUCCUUAACAGUAGACUACCUGAUUGCUAGGAGUGUAACUGUGCUGGAAAGACUGAUAGACAUAUUUCAGGAAAAAGGACCUGAUGGAGUUCUUCCCUUAUAUUAUAAAUACUGGAUACAUGCUGGUAGGCACGUCCGUCUCUGGAGUGAAGAGGGCCCAUUAGCAUGGAUAGUUGGAAUAGAUGAUUGUGGAUUCCUUCAAGUUCAUGAGGAAGGCAAAGGUGUAGAGUCUGUGCACCCAGAUGGCAACUCAUUUGACAUGCUGAAAAACCUUAUUAUCUCAAAGCAGCAGUAGACCUUAGAGUUGGUGAAAAAGCUGCUCUAAAAAGAUUGUUCAGUAUUCAGCACCUAGCAGCUGAUCUUGGCUAUACACAAUAUAUCAAACUGGAAUGAUUUGGAGGUGAAGUGUAAAAGCUACAUAUAGCAUUUUACAUUAUUAUUUAAUUUCUGCUGUGUUUUCUAGCCAGUGGCCCUAAGGACCAGUUAGUAUUUUCUAUGCAUUUUUCAUGUUGCAUAUUUUUAAGCAUAGAGGUGAGAGGUAGCUUAUGAUUAAGAGAAAUCAGUUUUUACCAGUCUUUAGUUUCUUCUUUCUUAACAUGGAUAGCUUAGUUGAAAGUUGCUACAAAAGUUAGUUAUCAUCCCAUUACUGGAGACCCGUAAUCUUUCGCUAAUUGCUAUUUCUUUAAAAAUUCACUAAUGGUAUUGUUUGUUGUAAGCAUUUACAGUAGGGAGGUAUUUGCAAAGGAAUAUGUUAAGCUCAUCAUUAAUUCAAUAUAUUUAAGAAACUAAAAAGACUGCAUAUAUUUGUUUUUAAAAAAAUGUGUUUGAAUAAUGCAUCUGUUGUGGUUUUGCUUUGGGUAUAAGCAGUAAAAUGUUUAAAAUACUUACUAUGAGAUUUUAAAGAAAUGAGUUCUGCUGAUGUCAGCUGUGGAGGGGACUCGUGGAAGAACUCACCACACACCCAUAAGGGAAAGUGGGAAGAAUUCUGCAAGUUUAUUAAGUUAACUGUAUACUCACUGUAUACUUAGAUUAUAGUCCCUCCCACCCUUUAGAAAUAACGAGCAACUUUGCUGAUUUGGCUCUGCUCCCAGUGGGCUUCUAUAUCCUUUCAUCAUUCUGUAGCUGGAUCUCUGGCCUGUGGGCCCUUUGCACCUCUCUUGUGGUGGCCUUAUGCUUGGACUUCCCCACCAGCAGUGCCUGUGAACUGGGUUAAUUUAUAACUCCCAAGAUAUAGAUAUUUUCUGGUUUUCUUAGCCUGUUAAUUAGCUCUGAUUCUUAGUAAAUCACCCCAUUCCUCCUUGUAUCAUGGUCUUUCUUUCAAGAGCUCUUAACCCUCCACAAGAAUUGCCUACCAUAUAUGCAAUUAGUGAAUCACUUAGUUGUCAUCCCCUAUGCUAUUGGCCAUCAAACACUCAGUUCAAGAAUUGAUAUCAGUGUUGACUGUACUUCACUCAGUCCCUGAGAGGUGAACCCCAUCCAAAUGAUGAAAUACGAAAAGGAACCUUGUUCUUAAGGUCUCCUCUGCUAGCAACUACUCCAGUGAGAACCUCUGUUCCUACCAUAUCUCUAAAAUCUCUUUUAUUGUACUUCCAUACUAUUUCCCAAAGCAAGCCUCCUAUUGUGGUGUUAAUAAUUGAACCCAAGGAAUUUAAGGAUUGUUUACUUGGAAGUGCCCUGCAGUCAGGCCUCCAACCUUACCUAAUUGCUGUAGAGGCUGGGUCAGAUACAGUAGAUAAGACAGUAUGUGACUGGAGGGCAUAGGCGAGAAGCUGAACUUGAGCUCCGAACUGCGCGGAUAUGCUUUCAGGUUCUUCUCCUGGACCAGUCAAAUUUUCAUUUACAGCCUGGUCACCUGAGCAAUGACUUCAAGCCAAUCACCACACAUCAAUAGACAUCAGGUGUGACCUGGCCAAUAGCCAGCUAUGUCUCCUACUGUGGACUGCCAUUGGUUAUUACUACACCCUUCCCUUAGGAAGUUUGGCUCAACCAAGUGGGUUCUCACAAAUACAUUCCUGUCUUCUAGCCAGAAAUGGAACUUAUGGGUUAAAGUUCACUUCAUAAAUAACCAAUAUAAGGAGAUCAGCUCAAUUACAAAUCCAAGAAAUCGUAAAGGAGAGUUGGCCUGUAAUGGUAGAUUAGAGUAAUCCUGAUUUACUGGGAUUUGGAUGCUUUGUCAGUAAAUUGCUAGCGAUUAAGUUUUCUGUGUAUUUAAAGUGAGGAUUUUGCCCUCCAUGUCAUAGUUUCUCUCACUUUCUGCCUUACAAAACAGUCAGUUUCUUGCAUCAGACAGGACUGCACACCAAAAAAUGAUAGAAGUAACACAACUGAGACUAAAUAUUGAAUGACUUAUUUAAUAUACUAUGUUUAAACAAUAAUGCCCAACUUCCCUCUCACAAGAUUUUGGUUAGAUUUUAAUACUACUUUGGGCUGGGAACUUUUGACUACUGACUUAUAGAUAUACAUGAGUAUUUAUUUUUAAUACUCAAAUUUAAGUUUGAGCUACUAAUCUUAAAUACUGAGAGGAACUCUUGCAAUGUAGUGUUGUCUACUCUUCUUCUCUACCUUUUCUUUAUACAGUUUAUGAACGAUGCAUGUUGCUACUUGUCAACUGCAGAAUUUUGAUAUUGCUUUUUACUCCUUGCCAGCAUCCGCAGCUAUAAACAGUGAAAAGAAAAUUCAACAAUGCUCUUGGUUCUUCUUGGUCUGGUUUAUUUCAUCAUGAAAACCUUCCCUUAAUGCAGAGCAGUACAUUCCCAAUCUCACUCUUGUGUAGCUGAAUUAAUCUAGAAAACUGCUGUUUGUGGUACAGUCCUUAAUAUAAAACCUGACUGGCACUAUCAGGGCACAGUCAGGCAGCCUUUUUGUAAAGCAGAAUUAACACACUUACGGGCAUAUGAUACCACUGAUUUUUUUUUGUCUGAAUGUGACUUACAUUUGAAAUGUGACAAUAUAUGGCCCAUACUGUAGUGAGAUCAGUAGCAGCAGUAGUUCUUCUGAAAAUUUCCAUAUGAGAUUAACCUGAAACACAGUCCCCUGAUUGAAAUACACCCAAACUUCAGGAAAUUUGGAUCCAGAUUUGAAUGUGGUAGCAUGCCCUCAUCUCGGUCAUGGACUGAUCCAAAACCCUGGGUACAAACACCCCAAAACAUUGGGAACAUUUGGAUCAACAUCUAGGUCCAAAAUGUGCAGUUUAAGCCCAUGUAACACUUUACAGAAUCCUAUUUCUGCAUAUAGAUGUACUGAUACAGACCUGUCUGCCUUCCUGGAGCAUCAUUGACUUCUUUGGGACUCUGCAUAGGAAUGUAGGCCUGCCCACAUGGGUUGGUAGGGCUGCAUGGGUAUAAAUACCUCCCACCCCGCCCACACACACUCUUUCGGUCAGCAGGAGGGUAAUGCAGCAACCCUCAACUGACCUGGGCCCAACUGCUUUCUGCCCUUCCUGUCAGUACCUGAAAACUGCCCCUUUCUCCCCAUCUGCUGAAAGGGAGCUGUUAAAGGGGCAACACCCCUUUUCCUCCAGCUAGCCAGACCAAGACCCACUUGCAUGAAUGUUGCAGUAGGCGCAUUAUCCCAAUAAAAAGACUAAGGGGGGAAAUGUACUUGUGGGCAGAGCUGAGUGUCUAUAAAACUUCACUUAGCUGAAAUGCCACAGGACCUGUAGAGCAGGCAGAUAGAUAUCUUCAACUAUAUAAUAAAAUGCCAAUAGUCUUUCAUAGCUCCUGUCGUUGCUUUUUGGAUUUCCGUGGGGGGUUCUUAAUGAAAACCAUAUUUUGUUUAUGUUUUACGCUGUAAUGCUAUUCUGGACAUGUCUGCAUUGGAAAAAUUAUUUAAUUUCCUUUUUGUAAAUGAAAACGAAUGAAGUGUGGACAUGUCAGAGCAUAAGUAGAUCGUGUGGGAAUACAACUUUUCCUUUACGCUUUUUAAUGGCUUGUUCUCGUGUAUACAAGACUACCUAUUGUCUUGAGAGGGGAAAAACAGCCUUCAGUUGGAUGAAAUAUUUGUCAUAAACCUGACUUUUGCUUCAGAUGUACCACAUAAUUUUACAAAGCAAAUUCCUGUUUUAUGCAGAACAGCUGAGUAAGGCCAUUCUGACCAGCAGCUGUCACUGUCAAGAAAGCCUUUUUAUUCUACACUCAUCUUAAGGUAUAUGGGGAACACAGUCGGUAAUCUCACUGUUUUUAUGCCAAACUUUUUUUUUUUUUUACACAAAAGUCAGAGUUUUUAUAUAACUACUACUUUUUCUUAUUUAAAAAAAUCCCUAUUCAAAUUAGAUAAAGCAUAGAAAUAUGUACGGGCAAAGGUGGAAAGUCAGCCAUCCCAAAAUGUGGUGGUAUUAAAAUAUCUAGAUUAGUAAAACACCUAUUUCAUAUUUAGGCUGAUGCCACAUCUCAAACAAUUUUCUCGAAGUGCUGUCAAAAGUAUUUUAUUAUGGUACCCAUAUUUCUUGCAAUUUGAGAUUUUCUCCUGCUGUAAAUUUGUGAUGUAUUUAAAAUACUCCAUUGGUAGGUUUUAUUCAGCAGACAGGGUUAUUUUCAGUCCUUAAAGAUAAGGCUAUUUCUAUAAAACUGCUAUGCAUAGUUGGAAUAAAAUUAAUUAAAUCCUUGCAUUUUAUAGUUUGAAAGAAUAAUCUACGUUAUGUUGUCACAGCUUUGAUUACAAUUAAAAACUCUAAAUGUUCAAAAAAAUC